CACACUUUUUAUGUGUCUUUUAUGUCAUCCAGUAUUUUACAUGCUGUUUAUAGAACUCUCUGCACAGAGACACAUUUUUCUCAUCCUAUUCUGUUAUUUUUGUUGAUUAUUAAUGAAUUUGAAUUAAUAAUGAGCGUGUGUUGUCACGUGAUCUGGAGUCGUCGCUCUGCGGGACGUCAUGUGACAUCCUGUGACAUCACAGCACGGAGAAGACAAAAGAGGAGACGCCCAGGAUGUGCUGAGCAGACACGUCAACACACGAGGGAGGAUGCACGCGACAAAGACAUCAUGCACGAGCUUCCAGUGACCGACUCAGUUCCUCUGAUCAAUGGCAGCUCCUUGUUGGCGUGUGAGCUGCCGUUCGACGAUGGCCGCCUGCCGCUGGUGCUGCUGUACAGCGCGGUGCUGCUGGUCGGGCUGCCGGCCAACCUGCUGACCCUCUACCUCACCUGGCUGCAGGUGAGCAGGAGCAACGUGCUGGGGGUCUACCUGUGGAGCCUGUCGCUGUGUGACCUCACCUACCUGCUCACGCUGCCUCUGUGGGCGCACUACGUGAGCCAGGGUCACGUGUGGCCCUGGAGCUCGGCCAUGUGUAAGCUCACGGGCUACAUCUUCUUCAACAACAUGUACAUCAGCAUCUUCCUGCUCUGCUGCAUCUCCUGCGACCGCUACGUGGCCGUGGUCUACAGCCUGGAGUCCCGAGGCCUGCGGCGGCAGCGCCUGGCCGUGCUCAUCGCCCUCGCCAUCGUCCUGCUGGUGGCGGCCGGACACCUUCCUGUCUUCACCAUGAGUGAGGGCGACGCUGCCGAGGGAGACCAGCGCUGCUUCGAGCCCAGUCAGACCAGUCCCACCGUGAUGGGCUUCAACUACGCUCGCUUCAUCGUCGGCUUCUUGAUCCCACUGCUGCUGCUGACGGUGACGAACCGCGGCGUCCUGGUGAACGUGCAGCGCAGCACGGGGCUGCGGCGGGAGCAGAAGGAGCGGGUCCGCUGGCUGGCUGUGGCCGUGGUCCUCCUGUUCCUGGUCUGCUUCGCCCCGUACCAUCUGAUUCUGCUGGUCAGGGCCGUGAUGUUCCACUUCACUCGGCCGCAGGACGCCACCUGUCGGUUCGAGGAGACCAUGUACACCCCCUACACCAUCUCCCUGGGCCUGUCCACCGUCAACAGCGCCAUCAACCCCAUCCUCUACGUCCUGUCCAGUGAGAACAUCCGCAAGGAGCUGAGGCGAGGCCUCGUGCAGGUCCAGGACCAGGCCCGUCUGAGACCGAGGCCCGACAGCAGCCAGAUCCAGAUCCAGUCCAACAAGAACUCCUCAGAGCUGAAUGCAGCAACCAAGGAGCAACAAGGAGGAAGACCUCCGGGCUCCUAACAGAACCUUCCUGGUCCCUUCUGGACUUGACUGAUCCUUCUGGCCUCUACUGGUCCCUUCUGGCCUCUACUGGUCCCUUCUGGACUUGACUGAUCCUUCUGGACUCUACUGGUCCCUAAAUUCUGAACAGUCGUGGAUCUAAACUUGUCUGGUUUGUUCUGACGGGGUUCAUCCUCAGGAGAUCAGGAACUUUAAAGUAUUUUGUUUUCUUUUUGUAAUCAGACAAUUUAAUUAAAACAGUAAACUAUUAUUAUAGUGAUCACGUUUGUUCUGUGUCAAAAUUAUUCAGAAUAAUUGUAGACAACGCAUGCUGUGUUGUGUGUGUGGGUGUGAACAGGAAGUUGUUUGGACGUGAACAGGAAGUUGUGUUUGGACGUGAACAGGAAGUUGUGUGUGGGUGUGAACAGGAAGUUGUGUUUAUUAAACUGUGUGUGGAUAUAUA